AUGAGAUUUGCCGGACUCGUCGCUAUCAUUACAGCUCUCCUUCCUACAGCUCUUGCCUGCAAUGGAUACACUGGAGGUGUACCUGCUGCUGUCGGCACCAAGACCAACAGCAAAGUCAUUGAGAUCGCGGCUGGCCAGACCUUUGACGGUAAAUGGUACAGGUAUGAUCGUGGUAGCGGUGCCUGUUCCGGUCAGACCGAGGGAGGAGCUUCGGACGCUGUAUUCUUGCUGAAGGAAGGUGCCACUCUCCGCAACGUAAUCAUUGGAAAGAAUCAGGCCGAGGGUGUCCAUUGCCAGGGCCAUUGCCGUCUCGAGUAUGUCUGGUUCGAGGAUGUCUGUGAGGACGCUAUCUCCAUCAAGUCGGACAAGCCGGGCAAGGAAUCUUGGAUCAUUGGUGGCGGUGCCUACCACGCCUCAGACAAGGUUGUUCAGCACAACGGCUGCGGUACCGUUAACAUUAUCAACUUUUACGUCAACAACUACGGCAAGCUUUACCGCUCUUGCGGAAACUGCUCCACGCAAUGCAAGCGUAACGUUUACAUCGAGGGUGUUACUGCCGUCAAAGGAAACGAGUUGGCCGGUAUUAACAGCAACUACGGCGACACUGCUACUCUAAGAAACGUCUGCUCUGACGCAAAAGUCAAAUGCCAGAUGUAUACUGGUUGUGCUGGUGGCUGCGAGCCCCAGAAGGCUGGUGUUUGCUCUGGCUAA